AUGCUGAUGGAUCCAUUGACAAAUAUAAAGCCAGGCCCUUCGGAUCUGGUUAUCAAGACAGCAGAUGAAGGUCUCUCCCUUUUACAAACCAAAUACAUUCAGGAUAUACUGAAGAAAGCAGGACUGGAAGGUUGCAAAUCCUGCUCCAUACUGAAACUCACUGCCACCGGGGGUGCUCCUUUUGAUAACCAUUCCCUAUACAGAAGUUCCCCAUAUGAGGACCAUUGGAAGGUGGUGAAGCACAUUCUUCGAUAUCUGAGUGGCACUCUGCUUUAUGGCUUGCAUUUAAAGAAAGGGAGGAAUCUGCCUAUCCUGGCUUAUUGUGACUCAGAUUGGGACAGUGACCCUGAUGAUUGCAAGUCCACCAGUGGGACUAGUGUCUUCGUUGGUCCCAAUCCAGUCUCGUGGUCAUCCAAAAAGCAAACUGUUGUGGGAGAAUAUAGAUCCAUGGCAAUAGCUAUGGCUGAUGUGGUUUAG